CAAAUAUACGAUAAACAUUUUUGAAAUUCGAAUAGUUAAUGAUUAUAUUCGUUACAGUUGGCACUACUUCAUUUGAUGAGUUAAUUAAAGCAGUUACCUCAAAAGAUGUGAUUAUAUUAUUUAAAAAAUUGGGAUAUAAAUCUAUGAUAAUUCAAUUAGGUAGAGGUGUAUAUUAUCCACAAUCAAAUAUAUUAGAAGGAUUUUUCAUUCAAUGGUAUCAUUACAAAAACAGUAUAGAAUCAGAUAUAAAACAAGCAUCAUUAGUUAUAAGUCAUGCAGGUGCUGGAAGUAUUAUUGAAAUAUUAGAAGCUAAUAAAAACCUAAUUGUGGUCUUAAAUGAAAACUUGAUGGACAAUCAUCAAAGUGAAUUAGCAGAACAAUUGUUUAAUGAAAAGUUUUUAUUCUAUACAACAUGUCACAAUCUUCAUCCCGAUAUUCAAAAAAUGGACUUUGAGAAACUUUUGCCAUACAAGUGUGGAGAUUCCAAUCUAUUUUCUAAUUUUAUUAGCGAAUAUUUUUUUACAUAAUAUAUGAAAUGCAUUUAUCAAAGACAAAGUUAUAGGAUUUUUUUAUGGGAAAAUUGUUUAAAACAUGGUAAAUUAUGUAAUAAUAUUUUGUGUAAUAGUUACACUGUUCAAGUCAUCAGCUGUUUUUAAGAAAAAUUUUCUUCAUUAAUAAAUUAUAUUUUAAUUAACAAAAUUGACACCACUUUAAUUUUUAAUUUAAUCUAGAACAUAUUGAAAUGCAAAAAAAGGAGACACAAAUUUAGAUAGGGCUCAAAUAUCAACCUCACAUAUUGCCAAAAUGUUUAAAAUCAUUUUAUCCUAGGUAAUAAUUUGAAGAGUACUAAUAAUUUUGAGCAGGAAUGUGAGUCUACUUUAUCAACAUACUAUUCCAAAACAAAAUGACUAAUCAUUUAGAUAAUGGGAACUCUCAAAAUUAGUUAAAAUAGCUA